GACAUAAAGCUUUUAAACGCCGGUACACAGCAGCAGAGUCAGUGAAGCCCACUGGUCCUUGGCAAGUGCUUGGAUUGGAUAUUGGGAAACCAAUCAUCAGAGAGAGAAUUAGUGCACUGAAGCUCUGAAGUUGCAGUUCACCAGGUCACACUGGCUCAGAAGAUGAAGAUGAUGGUAUUUGCUUUAGUUGCCCUCGUCUGCUUCAACAUUGGGGCUUCUGAAGAAGGCCAAGUGAGAGAGUCAUUAAACAGUGAGCAGAGACAGUCAACUUUUGAUCUCCUCAUGUACCUGCGUCAGCUGGAAAACGCUAAGGAGGCUGGGAUGGACCAACAGGACCAGAGCAUUCUGAAACCGCUCACUUCCUCUGACAGUGACCACCCAUUCAUGAAGCUAGGCGGCAGCAUGAAGAGCAGCACUGUGCCACACAGCAGGGUGAAGAGGCACCGACACAGCCUGCGGCAUGGCUCCUGGGGAUGUACCCUCACCACCUGCCAGACACACAACCUGGCCAACUGGCUCUACCAGAUGGCAGCAAACAAGGGCAAGGAUGGCACUGCCCCCAAGAACACUGCGGAUCCCCACAGCUAUGGCAAGAGGCGACGGAGGAGAUCCAUCUUCCUUCCAGGCUAUCCAAGCGGGGUAGCUCAGUAAUGACAUCCCACUGUGACAUUCAACUACAUCAUGGGCCUGAGGACAGCUGGGAGAGACGAGGAAUGGGCUGAGAUAAAACCCCAAUAAAUAUCAUUGAGAGGAUACAACAACCAUCACACUACACUCCUCCCUCUUUUCUGUUGGUGUAGUGAAUGAGAGCAAAGGGAGACGGGGUGGGCAAACGGCAGGAACAUUCCAAAAUGCAGUCCGUCUAAUAACUGUUAUAGGAUUUUCCAAAUGAGAAGUAGAUGGAGACAAAUAAAUACAUAACCAAGCAAGUUACCUGCUCUCUGUAAUUCUAUCGGCUUUCCAGUCCUAUCUACUUCAUAUUUAUUAACUAUAUUUUGUUUAGUUGUUGGAGCUUGUCAGGUCUAUGGAAUGGGACAUCUCACCUGGGGUCCACCUCAGUACCAGAAUUAAGGUGAACUGGAAUGAUCAGCCCAGGUGUUGCCACCUGAAGCAGGAUGCUAACUGGUGAAUGGGGAUAAACUUAUCGAUCCUCUCCCUCCAGCACAGUCAGGCUCUUUCUAGUUUCUGUUCAGCUUCUCUGCCUUCUUCCUCCCCAGUUUCCGUCACACCCACACCGAAGCCAAAGUUGCUUAUGACUGGAUAGAACAUGAUAUUGACCCUUCUGAUUAAAUCGCAGUUGCUUGCUAAGUGUAUAAAUGCACACAGAAUGUAUAAAUACUAAGUGUGUAAAUACACAUUUUGUGAGUAUGUGUGUGAGUGUGUGUGUGUGUGUGUGUGUGUGUGUGUGUGUGUGUGUGUGUGUUACUCUGGAUUUCUAGCAUCUGCAGAAUCUCUUGUGUUUAAAUGUAUAAAUACAAGAGAGAAGUCAGGAAUGGAAAGGUUUUGAUGGCUUGGUUUUGUACAAAGAUGUCACCAAAUUCAAGCUGAGAGAUUUAUUUUGUUGUUCUUGGGUUAGUGGAGAAGCUCUGACCCAAGUAGCAAUGACAAGAGUAGCGAGAGAUGAACUUCUGCACCGCGGGCUGAAUCAGCAGCAAUGACGUCCUCACCAGCUAGUUCUUGUUCUCCACGAGGAGGGCAGACAAUCUGAUGAGAAAAUGCAGUUCUUGGUACAGUGCAUCCAUAUUUGAAAGUGCAUGCGUGUAUAAAGAUGUAUAUCGGAAUAUAUAUGCACCUUUAUACAUAUUGUAUUUACAUUAUGUGUGCUGUGUAAUAUACCCGUGUGUAUAUUAUAUACAAAUAUGUACAUGUAUGUAUAAUGCAUCUAUAUAUUAAUAUAUUAUAUGUAAUGCACACACAUGUAUGUAAGUUUAUAUAUGCGUGCGUGUGUGUGUGUGUAAAUAGUAAAACACUGGUGUGCACUAAGAAGAACUGGGUUUAGGGUUGGUUCCAGAUGAGAUAGAGAUCAGAAUGAGAGUCCAUUCUGUAAUGUUUCACUUCUGAGAUAGAUGCCACAAGCAACACAAGAUAUUUCUACCCAGUCACCCAUAGUGGUUGGUAAUUGAAGCAGAGCGACUGUCAGAGGGGGUUUGGAGAAGGACAGUGUUAUUAAUUAGCUCAGGCUGUGAGACUCCCUUGAAUGUUUUAUGAGUAAACAAGAAUUUCUUUCUUAAAUUAUCAACAACAUUUCUAAGCAAUGCACUAAAUACUUUCACUUUAAUACUUGAAACAAGGAGAAGACUUAAAUUAAUGAAUAACUUAAACAAAGUUGCAUUUUGUGUACAAUGAUGUGCAAACAAUUAAUGUAAGUGUUAUGUGGAUAGUGUGCUGUACAUUUUUAUAUCACUGAUUAAGAUCUGCUAUUUAAUAAAGUAUAAUCUUUAUACUGG